ACUCCAGCCACCAAAAUGGAAGAAAAUGCCAACACCAGCUUCGAAGAAGAUUUUGAAGGACAGGCGACACACACAGGGCCCAAAGGCGUUAUCAAUGACUGGAGAAAGUUUAAAUUAGAAAGCGAAGACAGAGACUCCUUAUCCUUGAGCAAGAAAGAAAUUCUUAGACAAAUGUCUUCACCGCACAGGUCUUUCAGUAAAGAUGAUAAAGACAGCAGAGACAGAUUCUGCCGCAAGAUGAGCAUGCAGGAGUAUGAAUUAAUUCAUGAUGAGCAAGAAGAUGAAAGCUGCCUACAGAAAUACCGCAAACGCUGCAUGCAGGAUAUGCACCAGAGGCUGAGUUUUGGGCCAAAAUACGGUUAUCUGUGUGAGCUGCAGAAUGGGGAACAGUUCCUGGAAGCCAUCGAGAAAGAACGUAAAACUACCACUGUCAUCGUCCAUAUUUAUGAAGAUGGCAUCAAGGGCUGUGAUGCUCUCAACAACAGCUUGACCUGCCUGGCAGCUGAGUAUGCCACCGUGAAGUUCUGCAAGAUCAAGGCCUCCGACACAGGGGCUGGAGACCGCUUCUCAAAUGACGUGCUUCCCACUCUGCUUGUCUAUAAGGGCGGGGAGCUUCUGAGCAAUUUCAUUAGCAUUUCUGAACAAUUCAAUGAGGAGUUUUUUGCUGUGGAUGUGGAGUCUUUCCUAAAUGAGUAUGGGCUGCUACCUGAAAGGGAGCUUCCAGCACUGGGAAAUGGCAACACGGAUGAGCAAGAUGUUGAAUAAUUAGAGAGCCAUAGUCC